AUGGUCCCAGACCUGGACAAGCUCGCGGGGCGGGUGGCGGACCUGGGCUUCAACUGCGUGCGGCUCUGCUACAGCACCGAGAACCACCUGUCCAACCCCGUGGUGGCGGACCGGGACGUGGCCGCGAACCCGCGGCUCAAGGGCCAGCGCUUCAUGGAGGUCUUCGAGGCCACGGUGAAGGCUCUCACGGACAAGGGCCUCAUGGUGAUACUCAACAAUCACAUCUCCAGAUCCGGUUGGUGCUGCAACGUCAAGCAGGACGAAGGCUUCUGGUACACGGAGCAGUGGCCGGAGGACAUGUGGCUCCGGAGCAUGGUGGAGAUGACCAAGCUCUUCCGGGACAACAGCCUGGUGGUGGCCUUCGACAUUCGCAACGAGCCCCACGACAUCCCAGGGCGCUUGAUGACCUGGGGCGAUGGGAAUCCCGCCACCGACUGGGCCAUGGCGGCGGAGCGUGCAGGCAAUGCUAUCCUGGCGGUGAACCCGGACAUGCUCAUCGUGGUGAGCGCGCUGUGCUUCUGCAUGGACUUGCGACCCGUGAAGAGCCAUCCGAUUAGAUUCAACAUCCCGAACCGCUUGGUCUACGAGGCUCACAAUUACAUUGAGUUCCAGAUCGCCACGCUCUUCUCCAACAACUUCAUCUCGUGGAGGGAGGUGGGCGAUAUCGCGCUGUACGUCCUGGUGGCACUGGUGGUGGUGGAUGUCCUGAUGUUGUACGUGUGGAACAGGAUCGGCAGGCCGCGGCCCCGCAAAUCCACGUUGCUGGCCCUGAUCUCCGGCUGGGCCGCCUUCUUUCUGGCCGUCAUCGCAGGCAUUUGCGCGUACGCCUACCAUUUCUACAUCGCCUACUGCUCUUAUGUGGCACGGUACUACCUCUUGCCCGCAACGGUGGGCUGCAGCGUGGCCUGCCUGGCGUUGCUGCUGCUGGGGAUUUGGGCGGCCAGGUUUGGGCUCAGGACCCGCGACCAGCGAGCGGUGCGCGGUGCUCCCGGAGGCCUGCGGCGAUGCCGUGGAGCUUUGCGAGUGCGACAGUGA